UAUUCAAGCAUUGUCUGGUGUUUUCUUAGUAAGUUAGACUCUGUUGGCAACUUCCAGAAGCCUAGGAGAAAUAACUUCCACUAGUAACUCCUGGCUAGAAAUUCCAGAUUAGGCAUGACCCAAAAUGUGAGGAGAAUUGGAAGAAAAAGGACAGAAAGACUGUGUCCUCAUCAAUUAAUUUUCUGAGUGAUAUUUAAUGUUUGUUGUCUGGCACCUACACAGUUUAAAUUCCAGGGCAAUAAACUAAUGUAUACCAACCACCUAGGACAGUGCCGGGCACACAGUAGGCCGUCCGUCUGGACGGACGGAUGGAUUGAUGGAAUGCAUGUGUCCCAUGUACUUCUUCCCAUCUGCUUUUCUCCCCAGGAGGAAAAGGGUGCACUUAGCGACAGAGGUGUGAUGAGGGCUCGGUGCGCAGGGGCCGAGCCCGGACCCUGGACAGAUCCCCAACGCGAGGCUCAUUGGGCUGCCGGAUAACUGCGUCAUGAAGUCCCGCCUUCUGGGCGGGCUCGGGGCCGGAUCGCCAUUUAUGAUUGGCCGACUUAGCCUAGGUGAUGGGCAAGAGAGACUGCGAAGGCGGAGCCCACCUUUACACUUCCGGGCGCGACAGUUAGCGCUUGCAAGGGGAGCCGUUGGGCGAGGUGGUCGCGCGUGUGGUCGGCGCCCUGAGGGGACGGUCAGGAGGGUUUGAGCAUGGCGGAAGGGGACACCUUGGUAUCGGUGGAUUAUGAAAUUUUUGGGAAGGUGCAAGGGGUGUUUUUCCGCAAGUACACCCAGGCUGAGGGUAAAAAGCUAGGAUUGGUAGGCUGGGUCCAGAACACUGACCGGGGCACAGUGCAAGGACAAUUGCAAGGUCCCAUCUCCAAGGUGCAUCUUAUGCAGCAAUGGCUUGAGACAAGAGGAAGUCCCAAAUCGCACAUUGACAGAGCAAACUUCGACAAUGAGAAAGUCAUCUCAAAGUUGGAUUAUUCAGAUUUCCAAAUUGUGAAAUAAUAUCCUGAAUCUAAAUUUUCUAAGAUAAACUCAGUGGUUUGGGUUGUUAUUGUUAAUAGAGAUAGAACUACUAUUCUGUAUUCAAUAUUAGAAGUUGUCAGUAAGUUAUUUUAGUAUCAGGUAUUUGAAUGUUACUGUGUAUUACAUGUGACAGAAGGAUUCCAGCUGUACACAAUUGUAAUCAAUAAAAACACAUUAGAACCUUA